UGAACAUUUGACCAAGUAAAUAAAAGCAGUGAAAUUUUACAGCUGUAUGAUCUAACGAAUUUUAGAUUUACACUAAACUUAAUUACUAUAGUAUUAUAAGUCUGAUGCUCAAUUUUAAAUAGUGAAAUAUAGUGACCGUUACAAUCUUCUAUAGUUAUGGAUCAAGAAAAACCUGAAAGUACGAGUAGUCUUAGCCAUGGAAAGAGAUCACGACCUUUGUUACUCCAACCCAGCCCGAAGAUUGCAAGAUUGUCAGCCUAUGCAAAUUCCACGUCAAGUUCUAUGCUCAAAAAUUCAAAGAAAUUGUCGCCGAAUUCACCUCGUAAACUUAAAGUGUUGUAUAACAAAAGCGAUGUCCCACCACCUGGCACUCCUGUCCCAGAUAAACUUGUACGAAAAGCUGGUCCCUAUUUACUUGGUCCCAAGUUAGGGCCUAGCCCUGUUAAAAGUAUAGUUCAGUGUUUAGCUCGUAAAGAGAAAACAGAUGAUUUCUAUCAGAUCAAAAUACUAACAUUAAAAAAUGAGGGCCAGCCAGAAACACAAGAUGAUAGGCAAGGGAAAAUGCUAUUACAUACUGAAUAUUCUUUGCUAUCCUUGUUAGAAGAUCAAGAUGGUGUUGUACACCAUCACGGGUUGUUUAAGGAUCAUGCUCUAGAAGAAGCCCCAAAUCCCAACGGUCCAGGUUUUAUAUACACUGGCAGAGUUAGACAAAGACUAUUUCUAGUGUUAGACUGUGUUAGUGCACACCAAUUUAGUGAAAAAGGUAGCGAGUUGAUAAACUUGCAGCAAUAUGUAACUAAAGUAAAGAAAGUACCUGAAAAAGAGGCCAUUUUGAUAUUCUAUGAUAUAGUGAGGGUAGUUGCUAAUUUACAUAAGAGAAAUAUAGUACACAGGGAUCUUAAAUUAGGGAACAUAGUGUUAAACCAAAGGACUGGAAGGGUUGUGUUAACUAAUUUCUGCCUGGGGACACAUCUAGGCAGCGAUAGAGAUUUAUUGAAGGAUCAAAGAGGUUCACCAGCCUAUAUAUCACCAGACGUAUUACUAUGCAAGCCGUACCUUGGCAAGCCGUCAGACAUGUGGGCGUUGGGGGUUGUCCUGUACACAAUGCUGUAUGGACAGUUCCCGUUCUGUGACACAAGCCUCGCGCAGCUGUUUAGUCGUAUACAAGCCGCUAAUUAUAAUAUACCACCGGACGGCAAUCCAGUACAUGUUUCCGAUAAUACAGUAUUUCUUAUACAGCGGCUCUUGGUGAAAGAUCCUAAGCAUAGACUAGUUGCUGAUCAGGUCUUAGACCAAUUAUCGAGUAUAAUAGCAAGCUACAUAAUUGUGCCAAACCCUCCCGAAGACUUGCAAGUUGUACCAGAUAUACCGCUAGAGGAGGAUAAGGGAAAGGAAAAGGAGCCAGAGGUGGAAAAGAAACUGGCCUUCCCGCUGGAGGGGGAGAGGAGUCCGUCUAGUGAAGAACUCGGCGUAUACUGCGUACCGUUACCGGAUUUCCUCGCACUAAACUUCCCUUCACCUACACGAGUUCAACAAAACAGCAUUCUAAUACACCCCACAACAGACACACAAAACACAAAACAGAUAUCCAUACAAAGAAUAGGCAGGGACGCGCGGCCAUUGCUCCCGUGCGAAAUAGCGAGAUAUCAACACAUGUUCACGCGCCAAGAUUCUAGAACAGUCCAGAACUUUGUUCCCGAACGUAAUCCGGAAAGUUCUAGAAUUCGAAAUUUGGCGCAACGGAUUCCGCGCCUUCACGCGGUUCCGUCGACUUCGAAUUCCGAAUUUCGCGCCAUUCCGUGGUCCGAGAGACGGUUGCAAAUGGAUAGAUUAGAUCAAGAUUACGUCAUGCGGUUUCCGGAAUCUUCUAGAAACAGAAUUAUGAAUCCGGCUCCCGUACAUUCGGUGAAUCCUGAAGCGGUUGUAAACAAUCCACGCCCGCCCGUUGAUAAUAAUGAUCUCGAAUAUAAUUAAAUUUGCAAAUAAUAUUAAAUAGGGUUUGGUUAUUUGUAAGGUACGCGGUUUUUGGGAGGCAAUUAUUUAUACUUAAUCGAGUAUAAUGUCUAUACUGUAUAAAUUUUUACUUUUCUUCUGUGUUAUUUUUUUUAUACAUAUUGGAUACUUAAAACUGAUAAUAAUUGGAUAUUCAAGACAUGAUAAUAUUCCAAUAAUUAUGUAAACUAUUAGUAUAUUUUUUAUCAAAUCGAUUUCAAAGAUUUUAUGAGUAGUCAUGAAUUUAUAUAUACGUACGUGAAUAUUUUUUGAUGAAAUUAAAUGAAAGCGGCAUUUAAAUGAAACCAAACACUGCUUAAAUUAGAAAAAAUUGUCCUGCCCCAUUUGUACAUUUUUGUACAGUAAUUAAUUUACUUAUUUUAAUUGAUCACUUAAAAAUUGACAAUAGAUAAUAAUAUCUAGAAACAAGUAACGGAAUUUUUAUAAUUAUUUAUAGAAACAAGGAUUUCAAUUAUCUGUUUCAUCAGUUCAACCGGGAUAGCAUAAGCACAAUUAGCAAAAAAAAUUGCUAAUGUGUGAAAAAGAUGCAAUAUAUAACUUCUUACCAUAUUUUAAACAAUUUUAUUUUGUAAUAAAUGUCUUCGUCUCGUCUUUUUAUCUAAAUGGUUGAUUUUUCAUAAUCUUCCCGUUUCAAGCAACAAUAAUUAAAAUAAUAAUAUUGUUUCCUCCAUUUUAUAAACUGUAAAUAUUAGUUAGAUAUUUUUAUAUUUAUGUACCUGUAGAUGUAAAUAGCGUUAUUUCUUAUAUGUAGUUAAGUUUUAAUAUCAAAUUAAAUCGAUUACUGACUGUUUACUUAAAAUUUGUCGUCCGUUGUUUUAUACAGUUCAUUUUUAUUUUAAUGUCCACCAACGCUUAUUCCGUUUUCUUGCAUGGAAAUAAACAUAAAUUUUAAAUGAUUUUUGUAGCAUGUUGCACAAAAAUAUUUUCAUUUUAAAUAUUCCCGCCCAUUUAAUGUUAAACAGUAGGUAAGAAAGAGUGGUGAAUGCUUAUAAAACGAUCCUAUUUCUAUUUUCCAUACGUUUUAGUUUAAUAGCGCUCGGCAAACUUCUUGGCCAAAAAGUAGCGUGGUGGGGAAGUUUGCGCAUCAAGUUUUAGUACAUUUUUAUAUGCGCAAGCUUCUUUUUUGGCCAAGAAGUUUGCCGGGCGCUAUUCAUUAUGUUUAAUAGUGUCUAUUGAUAAAUAUAUAAUAUUGUAUUUUAACUAUUUCCAACCUACCUUCGAAGUUCAAACAGUACUGAUUUUUUUUAGAUAUAUUUAGGGAAUAACAUCAAAGUUAGUACUUAACCAUGUCCUCUCUUUCUUACUUGGCUCUUAUUUACUCAGUUAAAGCGAGAAGGCAUGAUUUUAAAGCGCAGUUUAAACGUUUUAUCAGUUUUACAAUAAUGUCGGUUAGUCACGUUCAAUAUUAUUUUCUAUUUUGUUAUUUAGUAUUAUUAUUUUAGCCUCUGUAGUUAUAUUUUAGUUCAAUUUUGUUAUAUGUUAGCGAAAAUGUCAGUAUGUAUGUGAAUAAAGAUAUAUUUUAAAAGGU